AUGCCUGCCGUCACCAUCGUCGGCGCCACGGGCCUGACGGGCUCGCAGGCGCUGUCCUUCCUCCUCGCGUCUCCGCAGAACUUCUUCGUCAAGGCGAUUACGCGCCGUGCCGCUCCGCAGCCGACGUCGCCUCCCGCGGCCCCGGGGGCCAAGUAUGAGAACGACGUCGUGCACGAUCUCUGGACGGUGGAGAAGGUUGUGAACGAGGGAGAUGUCUAUGUUUCCUGCUUGGGAACGACGCGUGCGCAGGCCGGAGGAGCGGACAAGCAGGUCCUCAUUGACCGUGACUUGAACAUCUCGCUCGCCGAUAAGGCCAAGGCUCAGGGAGCCCAGACUGAAGGAGUGGCAGCUGUCGAUCUUACUUGCACUGUAGCUGACGUCCAGAUGAUCCUCGUCUCCUCGACCGGCGCCAACUCCAAAUCCUGGUUCGCGUACCCGCGCAUGAAGGGCGAGCUGGAGGACCACGUCGUCGGACUCAACUUCCCCAACACGAUCAUCAUCCGCCCCGGCGUGCUGCUCCACGACGGUAACCGGCCCGACCAGCGUACCGCCGAGAGCGUCAUGGUCACUGCGAUCCGGGGGCUGCGCUCCAUCGGUGUCCCUACAACGAGCCUCGGCGUUGAGACCAAGACCGUCGGAGAAGCCAUUGCCCAGCUUGCCGCGAAGCCGCCAGCGGGCGUCAGUUACCUGUACGACGCGGACCUGGAGAAGCUCGCGAAGGAGUACAGGGACGGCUUUGAGAAACAUUUUAUACAAGUGUGGGUCAGCUAUGAAGGAAACAAGCUUGCACACGUCGACGCGAAUGCUCGAGUACAGCCUGCGCACGCCGAAGAACGUCGUGACGAAGCCAAUACUACCACCGACGAGGAACGUGAGCAGCGAGAACAGGAACAGGUACCCAAAAUAGAGCACGAGGCUCGUGAAGGAGCCGAUGCUGAGGCGCGACGCAAAGUACCAGAUACCGUAGAGGAAGACCCAGACGGCGCUGCCGCCGCCGACGAGGAACGAGCGCCAGUGCCACCUGUACUCCUCGGCGCAGAGGACGAAGUACGUCACAAGGAAGGUCACGGUGGCGGUCGUCAGGACGAAGACGAGGAACGUCAGGAACAGGAAGCCGAACGCGUAGUACGCGUGGUUGCCGAAGAGAGACGAGAGGACGAAGUAGAGCUCGACGAAUGCCGCGCCGAAGGGCAGGAUGCCCGCGAUGAUCGCACUCUGCACCGGACGCAGGUACCACGGCUGCGGGGGGAUCUGGCGCGGGAUGCUGUUCACGCGUGUGCUGUUGCUGAAGCCGCCGUGCUUCAUGCCGAAGAAGUAGCCCGCAACGCAGAGCGGGACGCUGAUGAGGAACCACAGGAGAAGGAUCGCGAGGAUCGUUCCGAACGGCACGGCACCGGACGCGUGCGCGAAGACGAGCCAAAUGUUCAGAACGCCGAUCAGCGUGAACACGAUUGCCGGGAAGACGGUCGCCGUCAUGACGAGGUUUGCCUUCCACGUCUCACCGCCCAGCGUGGCGAACACGCGCGCGGAGACAUAACCGCCGACACAUCCGAAGAGCAUCCAGCAGAUGAGCAGGACGGUCGCGAGCGAGCCACGGUUGCUCGGGGACAGGAAGCCGAAGAGCGCAAAGACAAGCGUCACGGCGCACAUGAGCACGAGGUGCGCUCCUGUUCCCACAGAAACAGAGAGGAGCAUCGGGCGCUCCGGGCUGCGGAACACCUCGCCGUGCACGAGCUUCCAGCCAUAGUCCUCCUGCACGUCCUCGGCGAGGUCGAUCGCGUUGUACCGGUGAAUGUCCUUCGAGAUAGUGCGGAAGAGGACCAUGGUGACCAUGAAGCACAGGAAGCCCGCAAUCACAAGCGAGUUGAUAAGCGAGAACCAGUGGAUCUUGGGGAAAUACACGUGCAGGUAGCUGUCCCAGCGGACACCCCAGGCCUUGUCGCUCUCGCGGAACUUGACCGAGUAUGUGUAGUAGAACUCAUUGUCUGCGUCCUCGUUGAGCGCGAGGCGGUCGACCUCAGAUCGGUAGCAGUUCGGGCUGUCCUCGCCGGCGACCAUCGAGUCAACGGACCGCGGGUGCACAACGACGCCGACGACGCGCACGUACUCGUCGCUCCGCUUGUGGUAGUCGAUAUAGAUGUCGUACGCGAAGCCCUGCGCGUCGAGGAAGAUCUCCUGUGUCUGCGGGUCGCGCAUCAUUUCCGCACUCGGAAGGCCAUCAAUGAUCAGGCUGACGCCAUAGUCCUCCUCAAUGCGCUCGUUGAUGAACUUGGCGUCGUCUUUCGGCACCUUGGACUUGCAGAGCGUCGCACAGCUCUGGUCCUCGAGCAUCUUGAUGUUGAACGCGCUCGAAAGGAUGCGGUCACCGAACAGAAUGCUGCCAAGCGACUCGGCCUGCUGCACUGGUCCGCCUUGCGGCUGGCAGAAGUGGAACCGCUCAUCGUAGUAGUCGAGCGAGAUCAGCGAUCGCAACGUCGUGUUCAGCUUGGGCGUCAGUGA